AGAGUGGGAACCCUGUUUGCACCAUCUUUUGCACUAAUUUUUGAGUAUUCAGAUUCCUCGAAGCCACAGCCACUGUUGUUUGGGUAGCUGGUGCUGUUUCUUUCUUUUCAUCAGCUAAAUCACUCCUUAGUGGCUUAGUAGCUUAGUGGGCGAAAAAAUCAAAUCUGCAGAUGAAAAAUAUGGCAAAGACAACUGAGGAUUCCAGACCAUACUUCUCAGAGGAGCUUACAAACACUCAGCAAGGCCACAACCCCUGGUCCAGCUUGAAGUGAUCAUUAAAAAGGCAUAUAAAUUGUGCACAGCAAUUAAGAAUUAUUUUCUUGGCUUUACUUGGUCUGAAGCUUUUAGUAGAUAUUCAGUCUCCCAAAAAGUUCCAGCAUCAAUAGUGCCGGUUUGAUUGCUCAUUAUACACAUUUAUUCUGCAGUGGCGUGUUAUUUCUUUCAUCAGCAGCUACACUUUCUGACCACUUUAGGAUUUCAGGGUUAUUUAUUUUAUUUGUUUUCUUUGUUUCAUCCCCCAUUAGCGGAAAACCAGUGUGCAAGCUGGUCUCCUACAGGCCUACUCAAAAAUCAUUGCAGUUGAGGGCAUGUGACUCCGCAUGUUACUGACAUCAUCCUCUUCUUCGUCCUUAGAACAGAGUAAAGUAUUACCAAACAGCAACAUGAGUAGGCAGGGCAGUGGCCGCUGUGCACAUGAGUCACUCUGAGGACAUAACAGGCCAUGACCAUCUGACCACUUAGAUUACCCAGGCGAUAAGAUGUUUCAAAAACACAUGCUAGCUUCUACAAUGGCACUCUUACAUCACCUUGUAUCCAUUAGCAUGCACUGACCAGCACUGACCAAAAAAGAGGCUUGCAGCAUGUGUUUGAUUGAGACUAUGGCGGUAAACCUUCUUUGCUGUUGUUCUCUUGACUGGCUCACAGUAGACGUUCAGUCUGCUCUUUCUGCCCAGUCAUGGCCUCUUAGAUUGAUGCCCACGAAGCCUUGCUGACCACAAAAGCCUGAUUAUCUUGUCGGUGCAGAGGUCUGACGGGGGCAGUUUGCUGCACUGACCGCCGGCCGGCGCAGGUGGCACUGGCAUGCGUCCUGCGUCAGAUGGCCAGAGCUGAGCCCGCUGCCUCUACAGCAGCCAAACUGCUUACUGCCAGUCAUUCAGCAGACACACUGUAGGCUUCCUAAAGACUUCCACAAUAGUAGAGAUAUUACUACCAAAAAUAUAAUAAUAUAAUGUGAUCCCAAAGACUUGCACAGUGGUGGAGAGCUAGGAUAUAGGCAUCCCGAAGACUUACAAAAAUAGGGAAAGACACUGCUAGCACAUUGCCAUCAUGUUUCCCCACACUAAAUGAGUCACUCCUUUCUGCAGUCCAACUUUGCCAUGGGUCGCCUGUCAAGCACAUGCAGGACGUGUUACAUGCUUGACUUCGGCCUGGCGAGGCAGUUCACCAACUCCUCCCAGGAAGUCCGACCGCCUCGUCCAGUAGCAGGUUUCAGGGGGACGGUGCGUUAUGCAUCCAUCAACGCCCACAAAAACAAGGAGAUGGGUCGUCAUGACGACCUCUGGUCCCUCUUCUACAUGCUGGUGGAAUUCAUGGUGGGCCAGCUGCCCUGGAGGAAGGUCAAGGACAAAGAGCAGGUGGGGAACAUGAAGGAGACCUACGACCACAAGCUCAUGCUCAAGCACCUGCCCUCGGAGUUCAGCAGCUUCCUGGACCACAUCUCCACCCUCGACUACUACACAAAACCGGACUACCAGAUGCUCAUGUCCGUGUUCGACAACAGCAUGAAGAGUUUUAACGUAAUGGAGAAUGACCCCUAUGAUUGGGAGCGCAGCGACUCAGAUGGCCUGUUGAGCAUCCAGACAUUGGCCACCACUGCCCAGCAACUGACCCGUCUCACUCCUGCAUACAUGGGGAUGGCCAACGCGUCGGCGGUGCCCGGAGACCUGCAGCGGGAAAACACUGAGGACGUGCUCCAGGGCGAGAGGCUGAGCGACGCGGACAACUGCCCGCCGAUGCCAUCCCAGCAUGCCCUGGGGGCUGACGUGUGGGAGGAGAUGGAGCGCAACCGAGACCGCAACCGCAACCACGUCCAGCAGCAGCAGCAGCAGCAACAGCAACAGCAACAGCAGCAGCCGCUCAUCAGGAAGGUGAGGGAGGUGAGGCCAGCUGCCCUGCGGAGAGUGAAGGUGGCCAGUGAAGAGGAGCGCAGUCAGAACCAAGGCAACCAGAGCCCCAACAGCGGGUCCAUUCAGGGCUCUCCCCGUCGGGUGCGGUCCGAAACGGUGCUGCUGGACCGGGUGGCGCCGCUGCUCCGUCGCAUGAGGCACAGCCAGAGCAUGGGCCUGGACAAGCGGCUCACCCCCGAACCCAAACCCACCAUCGAGCGCUUCCUGGAGGCUUAUCUGGGCAAACAGCGUCCCGGCCUUUCCCAGGAUCGAGAGCGCGGCUCCAGCCUGGGCAGUCUCCGAGGCAGCGGCAGUGGCGGCGGCUGCGACGAGGACCUCCUGCAGCUAGGGGGCGCCGGCUCCCCCAAGCAGGGCUCCCAGGGCUCCCUGGAGCAGGAGGAGGCGGCCAGUAGCGGGGGCUACGUGGCCGUCACUCUGAGCCCCGUGCCCCAGGAAGGGGACUCCCAGGAGUGGGUGAUGGUGGAGCUGGAGGGGGGCAGCGGGAGCGGGGGCUCGGCUGGCUCCAAGCCCGAGGAUGAGGAGCGAUCCGGGGGAGGGAGUGGUGGUGGCGGCGGGUGCACGCUGGGGCCUGAGAUUAUCCCCCGUACCUGGUCGGACCCACUGCCCCAGCGCAGUGUCGGUGGCUCCAGUGAGCUGGGGGGCGUCCUGUGCCACACCGCUCCUCCCUUCGGACGCUUGCCGGGCCUGACGGGGAUGACGGGCAUGCCGGGGUUGUGUGGCGGCCUCACAGGCCUCAGGCGGCUGCCCACUAUCCCGUCUGCUGCCGUCAUGCGCAUCGGCCGCACUCAACAAGAGCCGUUUGGUGAGCAGGAGAAAUCUGAACAGGAUGGUAGACAGGAGGAUCAGCCAGGCAGCACCAUGGACCAGCACGAGCGGGAGCUCGGCCCAGAUGACCCACCUAGCCCCGCGGUGCCACCCCUGGACUCUCCGCACGACCGGGACCCCAUCGACGGAGACACCCCCAAACCCACUUCCAAGAUGGAGAUAGAGGGGGGCGAGAGCGACUCGGGGUUCCCUGACCAUGGUGACACGACGGCUGGCGGCGUGGAGGGCACCCACCCGUCGGGAGCCACCCCCCCGCCACCCCGUCCGAGACGAGACUCCUCGCCGCGGGCCAGCCGCAUCCCCGUGCGUGACCCCGACUCGCCCACGCGGCGGCCCCUGUCGCCCGCGCUCUCCCCGGCCCUCUCGCCCUCCUGCGAACACUUCCCCUCAGCGCUACUGCGAGACCGGCUGGCCCUGGGGGGCUCGGUAGGUGGGAAUGGGGGAGGCUGGCAGGCCGAGGACCCCGCCUCGCUGUCGUCCCUGUCAUCAGGGAGGAGCCGCAUCCCACGGCCCCUGAGCCCUACGCUGGCCCCGAAUGAUGUGCAAGCCGCCAGUCGUUUCCUCCCACGUCCGCCACCGGGCAAACCUCCCCUCCGCCCUGCUGGAGAUAACCGGCGUCGGCGUUACCGCAUCCGUGCCAGUAGCACUAGCGACGCUGAUCUCCUGGACAACCUCACACAGCUGAUGCAGGAGCGCGGCGGGCCCACCCCUCACUACAGAAGCCCCUCCUCCUCAUCCCUGCAGCGCUCCCUAAGCUCCUCCCCCUCACGGCACGAGUCGCACGACGCCGCUGGCGGUGGCGGCGGAGUCUUCCUGGGACGCAGCCAAUCGCCUUCCAGCUUCUCGGGGUCCCCGCCACCUCUUCGCGCGGCGGAGCUAAGGGCCUAUCGGGCAUCUGGGUACUGCCCCAAAGUCCGGCUGGGUAGCCAUGAAGGCAAAGUCACUACCAAGCUAAGCAGAUGAACACCUGUCCAGAUCCAGGAUGGGGUGGACUUGGGGUUGUACAGUAUAUUGGGUAGGACAUAAUUAAGGUCAUACCAUGGCCUAAUUCUAACUAUGGGGUGUCUGGAAGAAUUCUGGGAGUUGUAGUUUGAACCUGAGCUGAGCUUCCCGACACACUAGUGACCCGAGACUGAACGAAAUGCUUGAAAGAGCCUUGUUACUGACGAUGUCAACUAUGACGAUGGCACUGAUGAUAAUUAUGAUGACGCCAUGGGAAAAUGGUCCCUUGCCUUUUCAACUUCCUGUCUGCCAUACCUCUGAGAUAUCUUGUGCACCAUUUUGUUUUGUUUUCUAUUUAUUCCUUGAUUUCUGUCACUCCAACGUCAUUCCUUCAUACACUUUUACUGAAGUUUCUUUUAUGGCUUGCCCUAGAAGGGUCCUUCCACUUCAAGUCUUUUUGCCAAAAACAUAGAAUUAACAUCAUUCUAUGGAUUGUCAGUUCUAUGGCCAAAUCACAGCCUUUUCUUUUCAUGUUUCACUUUUUUUAUAACUUUAUUUUUUACUUCACUAUUGUCUCAUAUGUCAUUUGUUACAGUCCAAAAAUUAUUUAUUUUUCUUAUGAAGAGUUAUUUUCUAUUUUCAUUGCCUUUAUCGGUCAGUGGAUAUCCACUGAUCAGAUGGCCAUAUGGUUAAAUAUCUGUAUAGCCCUAUGUGGUUCAAUCAAGCAUGUGUAUAUAUAUGUAAUUAAUGGAAUGUAUGUAAUGUAAACAGUAUCAAUAGAAUGUAUUUAUUUAUUAUGGACAUGUGUAUUACGGUACUUGACAGCUAAGCUCGGAAAUGAUGACAAUGUCUUCUUGCAUUGGCAGCCACAUGUUGCAAGCGGUCAUUUGUCUUGGUGCAGUGUCCUCUCCUCCAUGCCUGCAGUCUGCCUCUACCAGUGAACUAUACUCCAGGUAAAGAAAAACCAAAACAAAUAUGAGGAUAAAAGAAGAGAUCUGCCACACUGUCAAUUUUUAAAAACAUAUUUCCUUGUCCUAUUAAGAACACUAGCUACAUGUAGUCAAUCAGUUAUCUUUCACCGCAGUAGAGGUUAAAGCCAACAUAUAUAUAUGUAUAUUUCAAUCUGCAUUGUUUUAGCAGUGCACUGUGACACUAUUGGCAAAAUGCAGUUUAUGAUAUUGGGCUUUUUAAAUAAAAUAAAGUCCCAUAAACUGAUUUAGUCAUACAAGCUUUAGAAAGCUGAUAGUCUGUUAGCAUUUCAUCCUGAGAUUCAGAUCACUAAGGUUUAGUAGCUCCACUCUCACUGAUUUUGAUUUAGUCAUUGAAAAAGUGAGAGAAGCUGAUUUUUGGUCUAUGAAGUUAUAAAUACUGUACAUUUUGUCAAUAGGCCACAUGCUCGGUCCACUGUAACCAAACCACUCAUGCUUACUGUAUCUUACAAGGUACUUAAAAAGGACAAGACAUCUGGUCUGAUAGACCUAGUCUUAAUAACUGUACAGAAUCUAUGUAAACUGCCAGUCAUUGUGGCAUCAUCAGAUAUACCUGUUCGUGUAGUGUGACAUUUUUCCUUGAGUUGCCGGCAGCAUUUCUUGUUUGUUUUAUUUUUUAUCACGCAAAGAAACAUCUGAUUUGUUGGAAUGUAAAUGUGAAAAUGGGAAGAAACGUGCAUGACUAAGGUUGUACAUAAGUCACUGUGGUCAUUUGCUUUUUUAUUCAUAUUUAUACAACAUCGUACUGUAUAUUGUCUGUACAAAUCAAUCUGUUUAUUUUUUAAAAUAAACUGCUCAUGAACAGAACCAUCAA